UGGAGUUAAUCCUCCCGUGCGCGCUGCUGCAAGCCCUCACGUUUCUCGGCAUGCUCCUCCCCUCCGCCAUGCCGGUCCGGGUGCAGUACAACGUCACCAUUUUCCUGGUGCUCAUCCUGUUCCUCUACUCCGUGGAGGCGGAGCUUCCAGGAAACACCGCGCACGUGCCCAUCAUCGACGUAUGGUUCCACAACACCAUGGCGCUGGUGGGGUUCUCCAUCCUGUUUAUCGUGGUGGUGCUGAAGGUUCACCACCGCCCGCUGAGCGCCCCGGUGCCCGGCCUGCUGCGCCGCCUGCUGCUGGGCAAGUCUGCGGUGGCUGCCGGCGGGGAAGGUGCGGGGGAUCGCCGCCAGGACAGGAGAGGCGUUACGGAGACGGUUGCGGUUACGGUUACGGCUCCCGGAGAGGACGGGGCGGGGGAUGGCCGCCAUGAGAAGGACAACGGGAUCCUGACCACGCCCAACCCGCGAGACAAGCUGCACCACAGCCCCGUGCUCAUCAGACGUACUGCGCAUGCGCGGUCACUUCAUGACGUCAGUGAGGAUUCGCUCCGCCCUGUGCCCAUCUCCAGAUCACAUUCCAAAGCGUCUCUGUGUACGUCGGCCAAAGAUCUGGCUGGGACCGCCCAGUACUUUGAGAAGUUUGACGAACUGUCGGACAAGUUUGACGACAUCUUACGGCGGCUGGACCCCGGCCCUGAGGAAACGGAGACCCCUGAAUGGACAACUGUUGCCAUGGUGAUAGACCGCAUAUUUGUCAUCAUCUGGCUGAUUGGUGCCCUGACGAGUGACGUCAUCAUCCUGGUUUACUUUCAACAGGACGUUGAGGCGGCAGAAGAGAGAAAGAUCUCCGACAUUUUAGACGUUCAUUGACGUUAUGGUAGUUAAGAUUUGUACUGGACGUACAUUCACAUGUAACCCAAGAUGACGUCAAAUGAAAUGCCUGUAUACGACAAGCUCGUACUUUUAAAGGUACAUCGAUUAAAGUUGAUUUCCACACCGAUGACUCUUAUCACACACUACUAUAGUAAGCCUUAAGAGUAUACAAGCAUCAGUUCCAUCUAUAGAAACA